AAACAUUUAUGAAUGACCUCCAAAAAAGCAAAACCAGAAGAAAUGUUUAAGUGAAGAAAUUAUUUCAUGGUGCACUGCAGCAAAUAAAUAAUUUUGCUGAAUACUGAAGUAAUCAUAUAUAAUGACUUCCCCCACGAAACUGAGCGGAAAAACGGGCAUAGACUAUGGAUGCAUGUUUUCAAAUAAUUAAGUGUACAGAUAUUUAUUUAUUUAUAUCCAGCUACUUUUAAAUUAAAGCAUGUAUAAAUAAGUAUUUACUGAUAAAAUGAUUUAAUUGUUUGAGGAACUCAGGCAAUUCAAAUAACAUUUUUAAACACACGUCUUUAAGUUUAUAUUCUUGUGUCCAGCUGAAUUGCCACCAGAUGGCGCCAAAACCCAGGCAUGCAUUCAGUUCCUCCACCGUACAUGAUACAACAUGGUUUCUGAUGGAAAUACACAACGUCGGAGCUGGUAUCAUGUGGUUUAACCCGUCGAAGUGUUCUGUGGCUCGUUAAACAGCCGCUUUCGAGCAAAAAAAAAAAAAAACACAUCAGUCUGGGAUUUUACAUACAGAAAAAGUCGGUUAUUUUCACGCUUGUGCUUUUCAUUGACAACGCUCCAAACUUUCGCUUUAAGAAGGCGCGUCUACGCUGCGGUGUGUUUAUCACAGCCCUUAAAGUGGCACAUGGAAACCAGAGCUGAUCCGUGCGUGGAGGAAACCUCCGGUAUUUCUGCUCGGUGUGCGGAGACGCUUCAGUGAGGCUGAUCCGCGGUGUUGAGCUCUGAUUGAGAGUAUAUGCGGCAGCCCCUCACCGUCACCGCGCCGCGCCGCGCCGCGCUGGGGGGAAAGAGAUCAGCAGAUUCCAACAGACGGACGGACUGGUGGUGGGCUGAAGAUUUACAGGAGGCAGGAAACAAUCAGCCGUCAAAAAGGUGCAGCACAUUGAAGUGGCAUGGAGGCACCACCGGGAAUGAGCUGCUGUGAGCCCACCUUGGCCAACUGGAAGUGACCGAGUCGCCUAACUGGUUGGGAUGGCAGCAUCCAGUAAUUCAAGCCUUUCAGGUUCAUCUGUUUCCUCUGAUCCUGAUGACUAUCAGCCGCCCAUAUGGAAGUCAUACUUGUACCAGCUCCAGCAAGAAGCUCCGAGACCAAAGAGGAUCACAUGUCCUCAGGAGAUGGAGAGCAGACCCAAGUACUAUGGCAGAGAAUUUCAUGGCAUAAUAUCUCGGGACUAUGCAGAAGAGCUGCUGGCAGGUAAAGAGGGCGCUUACCUUAUCAGGGAGAGCCAAAGACAGCCAGGGACUCACACCUUGGCCUUAAGCUUUGGACACCAGACCUUCAACUACAGACUGUUUUAUGACGGGAAGCACUUUGUCGGGGAGAAAAGGUUCGAGUCCGUCCACGACUUGGUGACGGACGCCCUCAUCACUCUUUACAUCGAGACCAAGGCGGCGGAGUACAUUGCCAAAAUGACCACCAACCCAAUCUACGAGCAUCUCGGCUACACGUCACUGCUCAAAGACAAAAUGGUGCACAGACUGAGCCGCGGACGCACGGAGCCUCGUAGGGUUACCUUCCAGAGCGAAGACAGGAUCUCCUCACCUGUGGUGCGGCGGAGUGCCUUGAAGGAAACACCUGAGAAACUGAGCUCCUAUGAAAAGAUCCACAACUUCAAGGUACAUACCUUCAGAGGGCCACACUGGUGCGAGUACUGUGCCAACUUCAUGUGGGGCCUCAUUGCCCAGGGUGUUCGUUGCUCAGAUUGUGGACUGAAUGUACACAAACAGUGUUCCAAACUGGUUCCCAGUGACUGCCAGCCGGACCUGCGCAGGAUAAAGAAAGUGUACAGCUGUGAUCUCACCACCCUUGUCAAAGCUCAUAACACCACACGACCCAUGGUGGUGGAUAUAUGCAUUCGAGAGAUAGAACUCAGAGGUAUGAAAUCUGAGGGUCUGUACAGAGUUUCUGGCUUCUCAGAGCACAUUGAGGAUGUUCGGCUCGCUUUUGACAGAGAUGGUGAGAAGGCAGAUAUCAGUGCCAGUGCCUAUGCUGACAUCAACAUAAUCGCCGGUGCUUUGAAGCUCUACUUGAGAGACCUCCCCAUUCCAGUCAUUACGUUUGACUUGUACUCUAAAUUUAUUCAAGCUGCAAAACUUCCAAAUGCUGAAUCCAGACUGGAGGCGAUACAUGAGGGAUUGCUGCAGCUUCCCCCGGCACACUAUGAAACCUUACGGUACCUGAUGGCUCACCUCAAAAGAGUAACAACGUUGGAAAAGUACAACUUAAUGAAUGCAGAAAACCUGGGGAUUGUCUUCGGUCCGACUCUCAUGCAGCCUCCGGAGCAGAAUGCCUUGACAACCCUGAAUGACAUGAGGCAGCAGAAACUGGUCGUGCAGCUCAUGAUCGAACAUGAAGAUGUCUUAUUUUGAAGGCAAAGGCCUGCAGAGAUGGAGGCCGUGGACAAUUAUUUAUACUGUUAAAGAGGAAAGUCAAGCCAACUGUAUUUAAGUGAAGACUCUGAAAUGUUUGCAAUCAAGCUGAACUUGAAACCAUUUUUCUUGCAUGAUGGAUUUAGUUGGUUUUGUUGUUAGUGUAAGUUUGGACUUUGCAAACUCAGUUUAGAGAACCAUUUUUUACAUUAGGGAACAGUUAUAUAUUUUUUAUUUCCUUUACAUUGUUUGUUCCCUCUGUUUAUAAUUUAAAGACUGUUGCUACCUGGUGUAGACUCAGUCAGGAUGAAAGCACCAUUUGAUAUUCAGCACCCUCCACACAUAUUGGCACCCUUGGUAAAGGUGUUUCAAAAUAAAUUUAUCUUGGACUAAAAAGUUUUGGAAAUUCAAACCUUUAAGUACAUUGACAUCACCAUUAAGAGCACUCCUGCUGUCAAUACUCUUCAUAACCCCAUUUAGACAAUAUAACAGCUCUUUAUCUUCUCCUGUAACAUUUCACUAGGUUGGAACAUACAGAGAGAGGCAUAUUUGUCCAUUCCUCUUUGCUCAUCUUGGCAACUCAACAAGUUACAGUCCUACUACCAUUUAGCAAGCUCCACACAUUUAGGUUUGUGAUAGCGUGACAAAAAUGCUUUAUGGUGUGUGCCUCUUAUGCAAAAGGUUUGCAUGUAGAUGGUGUCUAAUGUUAUGAAGACUUGACCCCAAGAGGCCAGUCUUUGGUGCAUUUCUCUAACCAUCUCACUGUGCGAGGUGGCAGCAGAAACCUAGUGUCGCAUCCAGCCUUUUUUGUUCCAGUUUCAGUUAUUUCAAACUGAUACAGAAACGGUUCCGUUACCUUUAUUUCAUAGGAAUUGUUUGGGGUACUAAAAUACAUGGCAACCAUUUCAUUCUAAGAGGGAUUUAUCUGAAUAAAUCUUCUCAAAUUUAAGGUUAGGUUUUUCAACAUUUUUACCUUAUUUUGAAGCUUUUUAACAUCUUUACCAGGGGGGGCAAAGGGUGUAGAGGGCAUUGUAGGACCAGUUUAGAUCAAAAAUGUAGGCCUGGUGCUUUUUAAUCUGAAGCUUGCAGGUCAGCUAAAUUUAUGCGUGCCUGCGUUUUGUGGGAACACUGGAAUGAUACAAUGUAGAUAAAGUCAGACUUGACAUGUGUACUUAAAAAAAAAAAAAGAGAGAAACGAGACAUUCAUGAAGCACUUUUUUUGCAUUGAGUGUAAAGAUUUAUUUUGUAAAGCUGUUCGUGCUCCGUGUUUUCCUUCCAGUUUAAUAUAAGUGCUUGGAAAUGCUUGUUGAUGUACAUACAGAAAGGUUCAAGACCGAAAAGACAGCCCAGAAGAAAAUGAAAGUUUUUGGAUCCAUCAUUUCUGUGGUCUUUGAGGAACUAGCUAAUGGACAAAGCUCUAGUCUUUCAUUUGUCUUUUUGAAGGCUGCAACACAUGAGCCAAACUCCGAUGUACACAUUCUGGUUGGCAGUGUUUCAUAAUUUCAGCGUGCAGACUAUAGUCGGGGAUAUGUUUGUUUUAUUUUAUAAAGUCAGUAAGGUUGUUAGAUGACGACCAUUACCACCACCACAGAAGGGCCCGAAGAGGCGCCUGUGCCAAGCAUGUUCCUUUCCAACUUGGUUUAAUGUGAUUAUUGAAUCCUUUCUACAGAUCCAUUUUAUCAAAAUGUAUUUUUGUGACAGUUGCAAUUCAAAUGUAAUUUAUGAAAUGAUGUUUUAUUAAAGAAUGUAAAAGUUGAGUAACAAACAAAUAGGCCAGUUGAGCAUUUGCUGGACUAGAUUUAAACUCCUGUUUUUAAAACCAUGAACAAAAUCCAGAA